AUGUCUCUUGAUCAAUUUGAUAUCAAAUUACAUAGUGAAGAUAAUAAAGAAUUUUCAACCUUAAGUAAUUUAUCAUCAGAUUCAAUUAAAAAUCAAAAAUUCGAUAGACUUAUAAUUUUACUACAUGGUUUUCCAGAUAUAAAUACAACAUUUAACAAAGUAUGGCCAAUUUUACUUAAUCAUUAUCAAAAUGAAAAAAUAUUAUUAGUUGCACCAAAAUUAAGAGGUUACGAAGAAUCAAGUAUUAGUAAGGAACAAGAUUAUAUGAUGCCUAAUUUAGCAAAAGAUGUUAAAGGUUGGAUUUUAGAAUUAGUACCAAAUCAAGAUAAACCAGUACAUUUAAUAGGUCAUGAUUGGGGUGCAUUGAUUGCUUUUAAAACUGCUAAUUUAUAUCCCGAUUUAAUAACAUCAAUGUGUUGUUUAGCUAUACCUUAUUUAACAAAUUUAAGAUUAUAUGAAUUAUUAUGGAAUGUACCUGAACAAAUUUAUUUAAGUUCAUAUUUUUUAACAAUGCAAUAUCCAUAUUUUUAUAAAGAUAAAUUAACAAAUGAUUCAAAUCCAUACCUUAAAAACAUUUGGAAAUAUUGGUCACCUGAUUAUGAACCAACUACCACAGAAAUUCAAGAAUUAAAAGAUUCAUUUAAAAAACCUGGAGUAGGUGAUGCAAUAACUGCUUAUUAUAGACAUUUAUUUAGACCAUUAUCACUAAUAAAAUCAAGAUGGCCUGUAAAUUUUCAAAAAGUUCCCACAUUAAUAAUGAUGGGAGAAAAUGAUGGAUGUAUGUCAUUUAGAUUGGGAUUAUUAGAACAAAAGAAACUUAAAAAGGAUUAUCCACAAGCUCAAAUUAAAAUUAUCCCAAAUUGUGGUCAUUUUUUACAACGUGAACAACCACAAAUUGUAAGUGAUAUAAUAAUAGACUUUUUAGAAGUUUUUAAAUAA